GACGAGGCAAAGAAGAUCCGACAAAAUGGUGAGUGUCCGGGUCACGACCAAGGCUGGGAAGGGACGAUCAAGAAUACGGCGAAGAGCACAAGUUUGGAGAAGAGAAGAGGCCAGAAGAGGGCUCGAAGGGACAUGGGUUAUGAAAGAGGAAGGUGACAGCGCCUGGAGCUAAAGGCGAUUAAGUUGGACCGAGCCAGGCGUAUUACCGACAGAAAUACCAAAGACAAGCGGUCGAACAGACCUUUCCAGGGCAAUCCCUGUAUAAUGGAACGCGAACAAGGGCGAAUACGAUGAAGGAUACGGCGAUAUGAAGGAUCACACAAGGAACGUACGGAGACUGACAAAUUUGUCUUUGAUAUGAUCAGGCUGAGAAGACCGCCCCCACCAACCCCAUGAAGGACCUCCACAUCGAGAAGUUGGUCAUCAACAUCGCUGUCGGAGAGUCUGGAGACAGGCUCACCCGAGCCUCCAAGGUGUUGGAGCAGCUUACCGGUCAAUCGCCCGUCACCUCCAAGGCCCGAUACACCGUCCGAUCCUUCUCGAUUCGACGAAACGAGAAGAUCGCCUGUCACGUCACCAUCCGAGGACCCAAGGCCGAGGAGGUUUUGGAGCGUGCUUUGAAGGUCAAGGAGUACGAGUUGAAGAAGCGAAACUUCAGCGAGACUGGUAACUUCGGAUUCGGUAUUGACGAGCACAUCGACUUGGGUAUCAAGUACGACCCUGGUAUCGGUAUCUUCGGUAUGGACUUCUACGUCGUCAUGGGCCGACCCGGUAUGCGAGUUGCCCGAAGGAAGUACAAGCACGGACGAAUCGGUGCCCAGCACAAGGUCAAGAAGGAGGACAGCGUUUCGUGGUUCAAGCAGAGGUUCGACGGAAUCGUCGGUCGAUAAACACCCAAUCCGACGACACCCCGCCAUUGGAGCACGGAGCACGGAAGACUUGACCGGCAGCCACGUCGCGCAAAAGAGAUCUCCACCCUUUUCCCUCGCUACGCCCUUUUACGCUUUUGUACCUUUGGGCUCCAAUUG